AUGAAUUCAAACGGGAGAAAUUACUACCAUUUCAAAUCAAUCGCGGGAUUCGCCUAUAUCAAUUUUCAGAAUAUACAAACACCUCCAACAUUACAAACAAUGAAAGAAGCUUUGUCGUCUUGGUGCUCUACAAAGAAUAACAAAGCCAAUAUUCAGUAUUUAGCCUUCGGAAAAACAAUAGAAGGGACCAAUAAACACGGUCAUGUUUUCUUUAUUCUAGAAAAACAGGCCGAUGUGAUGAGAAAACCACUUGUUAAUAUAAACGGAAAAGAAAUGAAAAUUAACUUCAGCCCAUUUACUAAAAUGGAUGCCUUUGAUGGAUCAUAUCUAAGCAUUAUUGAAUACAUAAAAAAUCAAGGCAAGAAACACAACACAAGAGCAACAUUUGAAGAAUAUGGAAAUUUAAAAACGACAAAAGGACAUAAAGUAGGUGAUACAAUGAUAGAAGAAUCACUAAGAAUGAACUCGAAGGCUGAGGCAAUUGCCUAUUUAAGAAAUAUAAGCCCAGCCUGGGUCAUGAACAAUGAAAAGAAAUUUGGAGAAAUGUAUGAUAAACAGCAUAGUCGUGAUAGAAAGCAUAGAAUAAAUAUAAAAUUAAAUCCCUGGAAAGAAACAAAUCCAGUAGUCCAGGGAGCAAGAGCAUGGAUACAUACUUUAGAAACAAUAGAUAUCAAGAGACCACCUGCAUUAGUAAUUGUUUCAGAGACAAAGCUUGGUAAAACAGAAUUCAUUAACGACCUACUUAAAGAAAAGCAAGUAGACGAAUUCAGAGGAAGAAUAAUGAUAGACGGUCAUGAUGAAAAUAGGGAAUAUGACUUUCGCUUGUUUGAUGAUGCCAAUCUAACUUCAAUAGAUUGGGAAGAUUUUAAAGCUAUGAUAUCCACCAGAGGAGAAAAAGUAAGAGUAAAUGUUAAAUAUGGACACUUAGACGUAAUAACAGUACCAACCAUCAUAGUAUUAAACCCAGGAAGCUUUAAAGAAUUACAAACUAUGGCAGGAAAUAAAGGAGACAGAGAUUGGUUAGAUAAGAAUACUGUCGUACUCUCUACAAAAGAGAAAUUAUACAUUGAGAAUAACAAUAAUAAUGAUGAUAGAAUAGCAAUGUUGCAAGAACUAUACGGAGAACUACCACCAAAUUUGAUUAAUGCUAUAGCAGCUAAUGAUAGAUUACAAGAAGAACUUCCACCAAUUGAUAAUAUUGAUGAUGUUGAUGAUAAUUAUUUAGAUGAAAUACUGAAUGAUAUGGAAAUGACUGAUGUACCAGAAGAUGUAGUAAGAAGAGAUGUUUUCGAUUUACCUCUCAAGAGAAAAGAACCAAUACUAACUACAGAAGAAUCUAAUCUCGGUAAUACUCUACCAGAAGAUGAGAUACAGAAGUAA